AUGGCACUUGAAACCGUUGUUUUUCCUCAAGAUCCAUUCAAUUAUAGCUACAAGGAUAAUUACUUCAACUUAUUAAGUAAUGACUAUGGUAAUUGUAGUACUUUACAAGCGGAAGAACAAGAGAAUGUUCUCCUAGGAAUCAUCAACAACAACAACAACAACGUAGUAGAACAACAAAAUCUCCAUGCAAAAUGGGAUUCUUGUUCGGUUAAAGAUCAAUGGGAAUAUACACACUCUUCUUCUCCUGAAAUCUGCACCGUUGAUCAAACUAUCAAAGCUCCUCCUUCAACAACAACGGAAGCUGCUACAGCUACAGAAACUGCCACGUGUCGGAGAAAACGACGUCGUAUCAAAAGUGCGAAGAACAAAGAGGAAAUUGAAAACCAGAGGAUGACUCAUAUCACUGUUGAAAGAAAUCGUAGGAAACAAAUGAAUGAGUACUUGAACGUGCUUCGAUCUUUGAUGCCUUCUUCUUAUGUUCAAAGGGGUGACCAAGCUUCAAUUAUUGGGGGAGCCAUAAACUUUGUAAAAGAGUUAGAACAACUUUUACAGUCGAUGGGGGGCCAGAAGAAAACGAAGGAAAACAUAUCCUUAAAUGGACCACCUUUUUCUGAGUUUUUCACUUUUCCUCAGUACACAACUCACAGCAACAAUAACAACAACCUUACUAUGGAACAAAAACAAUGUGCUGUAGCAGACAUUGAAGUCACCAUGGUAGAUUCUCAUGCCAACAUCAAAAUACUUUCCAAGAAACAAACAGGACAGUUUAUGAAAAUUGUUCUUGGGUUACAAAAUCUUAGGCUCACCAUUCUUCAUCUUAAUGUCACAACUCUUGAUCCAAUGGUUCUUUACUCAGUCAGCGUCAAGGUAGAGGAGGGGAGUCAGCUGAAUAGUGUGGAUGAAAUUGCGGCUGCUGUGAAUCAACUAUUAAGGACAGUUCAACAAGAGUUGGCUUAUCAAUGA